ACAGUAUAGAACGAAGGGCGCUGUUUCUUGUUGUCGUUUCUCUCAAGAACUGAAAACAUGGCCGAGGCAGAAGAAACUCAAAAGAAAAAGAGGACUUUCCGAAAGUUUACCUUUCGGGGAGUUGAUCUCGAUCAACUCCUUGAUAUGCCAAAUGAACAGCUUAUGGUUUUAAUGCAUGCCCGUGCUCGAAGACGAUUUUCUCAUGGUUUAAAAAGAAAAUCCAUGGCUUUGGUAAAAAAGUUACGUAAAGCGAAAAAGGAAACACCACCGAAUGAAAAACCAGAAAUUGUUAAAACUCAUUUACGUAAUAUGAUUAUUGUACCAGAAAUGGUAGGUUCAAUUGUUGGUGUUUAUAAUGGUAAAACAUUUAAUCAAGUUGAAAUUAAACCCGAAAUGAUCGGUCAUUAUUUGGGAGAAUUUUCUGUUACUUAUAAACCUGUAAAGCAUGGUAGACCAGGUAUUGGUGCUACUCAUUCUUCAAGAUUUAUUCCAUUAAAGUAAUUUAUAUUUGUAAUAUGAAUAAACUGUAUAAAAAAUAA